AUGUCGGGCGAAAAAAGACCUGCUCAGCAAGCCUUCGGCUCAUCAAAUCAACUGGUCGUAAAACGAAAGAAGUCCGAUGGUGAUCUCAACGCUGGCACAGCCGUUGUAAAGAGCUCCUCUCAGAAUGGAACCCUCGUGCAAGCAAUUCCUCGCACCAGUGGCCUUGAUGCCCCCAUUAUGGAACUUACUGGUCAUUCCGGGGAGGUCUUUGCUGUACGAUUCGACCCCACCGCGCAGCACAUAGCAUCUGGCUCGAUGGAUCGGUCUAUCUUAUUAUGGAACACCUACGGACAAUGCGAGAAUUACGGCAUCCUUACGGGACAUCGUGGAGCGGUCCUUGAUUUGCAGUGGUCACGAGACUCACGGGCGAUCUUCUCUGCAUCGGCAGAUAUGACCAUUGCGGACUGGGAUGUAGAAACUGGGCAGAGAAUACGGCGCCACGUUGGCCACGAGGAGAUCAUCAACUGUCUGGAUAUCAGUAAACGAGGUCAGGAGCUGUUGGUGAGCGGAAGCAACGAUGGAUGCAUUGGUAUCUGGGAUCCACGACAGAAGGACGCUAUUGAAUAUCUUGAAACGGAGCUUCCCAUUACUGCGGUCGCUCUUUCGGAGGCAGGAAACGAGAUUUACAGCGGAGGUAUUGAUAACACGAUUUACGUCUGGGACCUUCGGAAGAAAGCUGUCGCGUACUCCAUGAGUGGACAUACGGAUACCAUCACAUCACUGGAAAUCUCGCCGGAUUCGCAGUCGCUUCUUUCCAACUCCCAUGACUCGACAGUGCGCACUUGGGAUAUCCGACCUUUCGCGCCGACCAACCGGCACAUCCGUACAUACGAUGGCGCCCCUAUGGGACUCGAGAAGAACUUGAUUAAGGCAAGCUGGGACCCGAAAGGUGAAAAGAUUGCGGCUGGAAGCGGUGAUCGGAGUGUUGUGGUUUGGGAUUUCAAAUCCGGAAAGCUUCUGUAUAAGCUUCCCGGGCAUAAAGGCACGGUCAACGAUGUACGAUUUUCGCCGAAUAAUGAACCUAUCAUCGUAUCUGGAUCGUCGGAUCGAACCCUCAUGCUUGGCGAACUCGGGAAAUGA